AUGGAAGAAUCAAGUACUCCUCAACCCAGAGUCUCCCGAAAAAAGAAUCGAAUUCAAAAAAGACGAAAGCCAAAAAGAUCUGACUUCAUGACAACUAACAAGAACGUCCUUCACAACUUUAUUCACUACAAGGGUGAAGUGAUUACAAUCAUUCAAACAAGAAUUAACGAAGAAGAAAGGCAAAAGUUUCUUGAGGAGGACCAAGUACCAGAUCCAGUUAUGGGGAGAAUAAAGAAUCGGAUUCAAAAAAGACCAAAGCCUAAGUUGUCGGACGCUAUCUGUACUGAUAAGAGCAUUGUCAAUAACCUCAUUCAUUACAAGGGCUAUAUAAUGAUGGUCAUUCACACGAGACUAGAGCCAGGAGAGAAGAUUGAAAAUGAAGAAAACAAACGAUAUUGGCCGUAUAAAGAUAUGCAUCUACUGAAGAACGUAGUCAGACUAACGAAGGAACAACUUCGCCCCCAGGAGAAAGAACCAGUGAAGACAGAGAGGAAAGAAAAUACCGGACGAAAUCAACGACGAGGACGCGCGGCGAAAAAGCGAGGCAUCGACUUCUACGCUGAAAACAACGAUGACGAUUUGAUCUUGGAUGAGCCCCAGCAGCCGGUGUUAAAGACGGAGCCGGUGAGUGAGGAAAAUCAAGAAGAGGAAGAAGAGGUCGACAAAAUCAUCGGAAAGCGCUUUGACGAACGAGCCAAAACAGUAUAUUAUCAAGUGUUGUGGAAGGGACUGCCGCUUUCUUACGCAACAUGGGAGCCCCUAUCGAAUCUGACGAAUUGCAAGGAGUGCAUCAAGGACUUUGAAAAGAAGGAAACAGCGGGAAAACCCAUCCAGCAGCGCGGAAGAGGGAGGCCAAAAAAGGAGCCGUUGUUGAUCAAGGCCGAAUACAACGAUGAAGUCCACGCUCGAUCUCUACGUCCAACGCCUCGACAACGAGUUCUGUCGAAUACGUCGGUAAAAGUCGAACCCUCAACGAAGAAAACGAAGAAGAAAGCAGCCUCGCAGAAGGAAUGGGAAGUCCAGGAGAUCAUCGACAAACGCCGAUUCGACAACGGAGUUAUUCGAUAUCAUGUGCUCUGGAAAGGAUGGCCUCGGGAGUCAGGAACAUGGGAGCGCAAAGCUAACCUCACGAACUGCGCUGCAAAGCUUAAAGAAUUCGAGAAGAAGCUGUCUUCAAAAGAAAGAAAGAGUAGCAGAAGCAGACCAAGAAAGGAGGAAGUUGUAAUCAAGACAGAAUAUCUUGAAAAUCCAGAAUUGCCUGUUGUCCGACAAACAAAACGGAAGAAAAAACUAGUUGAUAUAAAGACGGAGCCUGUGGAUCUAACCCAAGACUGGGACCCUGCAACGGAAUGGGAAGUCGAAAAGAUCAUUGGAAAGCAGAGUCUCAAUGACGGAACCGUUCAAUACCGAGUUCUCUGGAAAGGAUGGCCUGCCGAGACAGCAACAUGGGAGCCCUUGAUGAACCUGACAAGCUGCGACGAGAAAAUUCGAGACUUCGAGAACAAUGCCAACGCCAGAAGAUCGAAGCGCAUCAACAUCCAGAAGGACCGAAAGAACCCGAAUGAGCGAGAGAAACAGUUUCUUGAGGAGAAGAAAGUACCAGAUCCAGUCAUGGGGAGAAUCAAGAACCGAAUUCAAAAAAGACCAAAGCCAAAGUUGUCGGAUUACAUUUGCACUGAUAAAAACAUUGUUAAUAACAUCAUUCUUUACAAGGGUUAUAUAAUGACGAUCAAACAUACUAGAUUGGAGCCGGGAGAGAAGAUCGACGACGAAAACAAACGAUAUGUGCCGUUUGAAGACAUGCACCUAUUGAAGAACGUAGUGAGGCUGACGAAGGAGCAACUUCGACCUCAGGAGAAAGAGCCAGUGAAGGUAGAGGGCAAUAAAAGCUGCGAAGAAAAUCAAGGACGAGAACACAAGGCGCAAGAAGGAGGAAAAAAAUCCCAAGAUGAAGAUAACAACGCUGAAGUUAUCUGCGAUCAUCUAAAACAAGUUUCGCAAAAGACAGCGCCACUGCCUGAUGGAACUCAAAAAUCCGAAAAUAAAUGCAAUACGCGCGUUUUACGUUCAACAGCACGAAAACGAAUGCAGUCGACUACUGAGAUAAAAAAACUCGACGCUGAAGCUCCACAAGAAUCUGAGGAAUCUAAAAAAGUGGGGAAUUGUGAGAAACAUGACAAGAGCUCCCCAGUAGCGAGCUGCGAACCUGCGUUAAAUUCAGAUGAAAUUGAGGCGAGUCCUGAGGUGUCAAAUAUCAGCCCAGCUGAAGAAACCGACAAAAAGGAAGACACUCAAGGUUCAUCUCGCUGCAGCCGAAUUCAAGCGCCUCAAAAGAAUGUGGAUGGUCACAAGACUUCAGAAAAUCAAACCAAUAACCGAAGAUUGCGACCGAGACCAAGAAAAAGAUUGGAGCCGCGAAGAAUCAUCGGAAAACACCGAGUAACUAGCGGAGCAAUUUGUUAUUUGGUGCUUUGGAAAGGGCUCCCCAGAUACUGUGCAACCUGGAAGCUCGGAUCUCAGUUGCCCGCUGAGAUGAUAGAAAAGUUCGAAAAGACGAUCAGACGGAAAGAUGAUACAGACCAGAAUGUGUCAGGCGGACAGAAGGCAAAGAGAGGAAGACCAAAAAAGACAGAAGUUCGAGCUUUCACAAGCAAAGUCAGCAAAAGCAUGACACCUAUUGAAGCAGAACAGGUCCUAAACCGGACGAUCAACAACCAAUACGGCCUUGUUAGAAAGAUUGGCUCUGGUUCGUUCGGAACCAUUUAUCUGGGCACAGAGAGCAGGACCAAAACAGAGCUCGCCAUCAAAGUUGAGCGCAAAUACUCCCGCAAACCACAGCUUCCAUUCGAAAGCCAAGUCUACAAACGGCUCAACCACCCGUUCAUGAAGAGCAUGAGGCCACCAGGAUUCCCGAAAUUGAGAUAUUUUGGGGUCGACAAUGAUUACAGUUAUUUGGUAAUGGAUUUGGUCGGACCGACGCUAGAGUCUCUUUUCAACUUUUGCUCGAGAAGUUUCAAACUAAAAACAGUUCUGCAGAUUAUGGAUCAACUAGUGACAAGAGUUGAACAUGUCCACAGCAAGGAUCUCAUCCAUCGAGACAUCAAACCAGACAAUCUGACAAUCGGACUGGGAUCGACUUCAAGUCAGAUAAUGAUGAUCGACUUCGGUCUGUCCAAAUUCUACCGCCAUCCGAAAACGAAAAAGCACAAAACUUUUGAAACGGACGCUUCUUUCGUGGGAACAGCAAAAUUCUGCUCUAGGUACACUUCCAAAGGAGAGACAUCUUCAAGACGAGAUGAUAUGGAAAGCGUUGCGUAUACUAUGAUUUAUUUUUUACUCGGAACCCUUCCUUGGGUGAAUUUGAAGUCAACGACAAGAUGGCAAAAGCUAGAAAUGAUCUUGGACUCGAAGCAAACCAUGGUCGUUGAGAAAACUUUGAAAGGCUUUCCUAAGGAGCUUCAGCAAUUUGUGACCUACUGCCGAUCAUUGAAAUUCGAAGAUCAGCCAGACUACAUGUAUCUACGAAAUCUGCUCAGAGGCCUUGCGUUUCAGUGGAAAAUAGAGUUUGAUGGAGUUUAUUGCUGGAACAAAAAGAAAUAA